AUGCAAAUUGCUAAGGAAAGACUUUUACAAGAAAGAAAGAAUUGGAGAAAGGAACAUCCAUAUGGCUUCACUGCUAAGCCAGUAAUGAGCGAGGACAAAGAGACCCAAGAUCUGUUCAGAUGGGAAUGUUGGAUCCCUGGAAAGUCUGGAUCUCCAUGGGAAGGCGGUAUUUACAAACUCAAUAUGGAAUUUUCAGAAGACUACCCCAAUAAACCACCAAAGUGCAAAUUUAGCCCAGUUCUAUUUCACCCAAAUAUCUAUCCAAGUGGGACUGUAUGCUUGAGUAUUUUAAAUGAAGACGAAGACUGGAGGCCCUCUCUCACUAUUCCUCAGAUUCUAGUAGGAAUUCAAGACCUAAUGAACAAUCCAAAUGAAAAAAGUCCAGCUUAAGCAGAACCAUAUCUAUUGUUUACAUAAAAUAAGGCUGAAUAUUUGACUAAAGUGAGAAAGCAGGCUGAAGAAUGCCGUCCUAGGAAUUGA